AUGCACUUCACCACCGCCCUCGCCGCUAUCCUCACCCUCCUCGGCCUCACCAUAUACUUCUUCGGCAUCCCCGCCGAACUAAAGCGCAAACUCGAGCGCGCCGCUCUUAAAACCAUGGGGCAGAACAAGGCCUCGUACAUGCUCAACGAUCAAAUCGAUAAGCUCCCCGAGGCAGAUCAGCAGAGUGUGAAGGAUCUGAAGAAGGGGUUGGGGAAGGCGUCCGGUGGGGCGGUGAGGAAUCCGUUGGGGGAUUUGGUCGGAGAGAAGGUGGAUGAGGGGACACGACCGAUGACGGGGCGAUAA